AGCCGGGCGCGCGGGCGGCGCAGGUGUCCUUGAAUGAAGGGAACACGGAGAGUGUAAAAAGAGGAGUAAAGAAAGUUGUUAAAGAAAGAUACAUGAGUUUGGACUUUUCCAGACCCAAUGCCAGGAUGCUGCCCCUCUGCCACGCUCUAGCUCUAGCUGUGAUCCACAUCUUCAUCAUCUCAGAAAACUGGGCCUUUGCCAAGAACAUCAACUUCUAUAAUGUGAGGCCUCCUCUUGACCCUACACCAUUCCCAAAUAGCUUCAAGUGUUUCACCUGUGAAAAUGCAGGAGAUAAUUAUAACUGCAAUCGAUGGGCAGAAGAUAAAUGGUGUCCACAAAAUACACAGUAUUGUUUGACCGUUCAUCACUUCACCAGCCAUGGAAGAAGUACAUCCAUCACCAAAAAGUGUGCCUCCAGGAGUGAAUGCCAUUUUGUUGGCUGCCACCAUAGCCGAGAUUCUGAACAUACGGAGUGUAGGUCUUGCUGUGAAGGAAUGAUCUGCAACGUGGAGUUGCCUACCAACCACACUAACGCCGUAUUCGCGGUGAUGCAUGCGCAGAGAACGUCCGGCGGCAGCAGCAGCACACCCAGGCUCUACCUCCUGGCGCUUGCCGGGGCCCUCCUGCUCCCGUGGCUCUGAUGCCGUCAGCCACC